CUUUAAUAUUCGAUCAAUGAAUUAGUUAAAAAGUUGAGUCACAGAUCCCAAACACGUUUCUUGUGGUUGAAAUAUUGUGUUUAUCUACGCGUAUAGUUACGUAAUCACGUAAGUUUGAUCAAGAUUGGGGGAAGUCUUAUCAGGUGUUAUCAUUAUCAUUUAUAACACGACGAUAUCGUUAUGACGUGUCGCCUCUCACAGUUGUGGUAGAUUUGAAACUCGUUAUUUGGCUUUAGUCACUACGUUAAUCGAAAAUGAGUAGCAACGUGAAUUAUAUCACUCGUCGAAGUGUGCCCUGUUACUUCUGCAGUGAAUUUAUCGAAGAGAGAUAUUUACCUGAGCAUGUUAAACAUUGCGGUGCUGUACUAGAGGAAUGUCCUGACAAAUGUGGAGCUUAUAUACCAAGAUGUAAUGUGAAGGCACAUCGUGCUCAGUGUAGUAGUAGGAAAAGUAAAAAGAUGAGCAAGUCGGAUGAAAUGCAGUUACCCGUGCCAACUGAUUCGGUAUGGAAAGAAAGAGUUAUGUCUGUACUGAAUAUGAUGCGGUCUACGAUUGCAGAUGGUAAAAAAGAGCAAAAAGAAUUGGAGGCAAGGAUUGCGCAAAGUUUGGAAACGCUGCGUUCUAAGGAGGCAGCCUUAGAAACGUUGAGAAUUCGUUUAUCCGAAGCAAGCACUGAUAAUCGCCAGGCUAAUGACGAUAUAAAUUUUCGUAUAAGUAGACUAGAGCAAAGCUUUACUCACAUUGACGAACAAACGAGUUUGAAUUUCGAACAAGUCUACGAUCAGCUAAACAUGCUCCAAAGCCGAUUGACUGAUAGUGAAAUUGAACGAAAAACAGCAAUGAAGGAAUGGCAUGCAGAACUGGAAGGAUUCAAAAACUUUUUGUCGGAGGAAAAUGCAAUGAUCAGUGUAGUUUGGCACGAACAAUUGAAACAGAUUCAUGAUUUGAAACUGGAGCUCGAAAUGAGAUGUAAAGCGUCCAAGGAACUGGUUAAAUCUCACGAUAUUUUGGCAGAGAAAAUGGAUAUUCUUGUCGACGAAAUGAGGAAGCAUUCCGAAGCCAUUAAGAACCAAGUUGCCGAAACAAAGGCGUUGAAGUUUCAGUUGAAGGAACACGUAAACUACGUUGAAGACACGAUGAAGGAAGUCAUGAGUCAAAAUUCAGCCCAAAGUAUGAACUGCCCAUGCGUCACAGAAGAAUAUUUCCAACCAGUGCCGAGCAACGGUCGUCUGUUGUGGCGAAUUGAUAGGUACAAGGAAAAAAUGACGGAUGCUAAAGAAAAUGACACCCUACUUUGUAGUCCAAUAUUUUACAAUAAAGAAUACGGAUACACACUAAGAGUUGAAUUGUUUCUGAAUGGAAAAGGACAGUGGAAAGAAAGACACAUAAUCGGUUGUCUGCGAGUCUUGGAAGGAAAGUGGGAUGCUCUGCUGGAUUGGCCGUGCAUUCUUCAAGCUACCAUUAUCUUAAGAGAUCAAGAAAAUCCAGCUAAUAAUGUGAGAAAAACCUUGAAAGUCAAAAGACAAGAUGCUAGCGAGGAUUCCAACAAGCUCGACAAGGAUUCUGGAAUGUACAUGUUCAUACCUCACACCAAGUUAACGAGAUAUGAUGGCUUUACCAAGAACAAUGUUAUGUUCUUAGACAUUCAAGUCAAGGACUUCAAGAUUGGUGGUUCGAUGGUAUCUCUGCUAUCGUAAAUCAACUGAAUUUGGAAGUCUCAAGUUCACCAAUUCUCAUUCACUGUGUAAUAUAACAUUCUCCGAAAGUUCAUCAGGAAAGAGUCAUCGUUUAUAUAUCACAGUAAAUUAGUUUUCAGCGGAUCAAUUACAAUCAAUCCUCUCUUUAAACUUUAAUUAAUAAACUGCAUGUGUUCAAAAGUGUUAUUAUAACUGG